AAACUUGCGAUCAGUCGACCUCGGCAACUUGCGGUGAACGGGUGGGCCGCGGCGCCAUCUUGUUAAACUUCGAAAUACGCGCCAAGUGCAGUGAAAAAUAACUUUAAAAAUAAAAAAAGUGCUUUUGAAAAGUUCAGUGAGGUUCUUUAUCGGGAGAAUUUCGAAUUUUAGUUUUAAAAAGUUAUUCGUUCAAAAAUUUGGAUUUUAUAUAAGGUGUGUAUCUGAUUUAGUUUGAUCUUGUGAUAAGUGUGUGUUUUUCUCUUCUUUUCGAACUGUCCCGGAAAGGAUUAAUUCGGAUCAAAGAAGACAGUGCCUUAGAGAUUCACAAAAUGAGACUCUAUCAAAGGUGUCUCUGUUGAUGGGGAGGAAAACAUAGACCUCAUGAUUUGCAAGUACAUAAGAAGAUAAGCCAAAAUACCGAUGAUACCGAAACGCAAACCGCCAAGUUGACGAUACCGAAAACCGAAACGAAGGGUACCGAAUAUCAGGUACCUCGUACCAAAUGACCGAUGAACUCAAGACCGAAACUGCCGAAGACGGCGAUAAGCUGACAAAUAACGGUACCAACGAACCUGGUACCGGUACCAAGACCGAUAAUUCCGGGACCGAAAAGGAACCGAAACCCCGAUCGGUGUCUUUCAACAGAGACGUUCACGUCAAACGAUUCGGUAAACCGCGAGAGUUGCGAGGAGCCUCAACAGAACCCGCCGUUAGAAAGGAACCCUUCACUCAUCUGUCUGAACAGGAACUGAUAGAAGAAGCCAACAAAGUCAUAGCACAAGCAUCUAACAUUACCUGCACAGCUGAUCACCCUCCCGAGAAGUUCUUCUCCCUCCCACACAGAAGGAAAUUGAAAGACGACAGAGACAGAAGAAACAGCGAAGACGCUGGUGUGACAGAGAAGGGAAAAACCCCUCUAGGAAGAUCUACGAGUGACGCGAGUCAGAGGAGGAGAGAACGAACGUCUCUUUCUACUCUUUUUAGAAGAGCGCAGAAAAAACCCAGUUCACCGGCUAAGCCAAUUGUAGUCACUACUAAACCUGUAGUGACAGUAAAAAGAAGUAAAAGCGAUGUCUCAGACUUGAAGUCAAAUACGAACCUUAACCCGAACUCCAAGCCAAUCAGAAAGAGAUCUGGAAGCGAGACUGAAGAGUUUCUCAGGUCAUUAAGAAAUAAAAAGACACAACUGUCACCCAUCAUCGAAAGUUCACCAAGAGACGAUUAUUUUAAGAAAACCCCUCCUCUAGAAAUAUUUCAGAAACAAAAAUUAGCUCAGAAAGAAAGUAUAAAAUCAGACGAUUCUACUACUGACGCAAAAGAAGACAAAAAAAAAGUCAAUCCAAUAGAAAAACCUCCAAGAUUCAAAACUCUUGAAAAACCGGAACCGAAACCACCAACGAGAACAAAAAGAGGGAAAUCUUUAGAAAAAGAGAAAGAAAAAUCUCCACCCAUUGCAGACACUCCAAAACGUAAGACAGAUGUCAAAAAGACUCUUUUGGUCGACGAAAUCGAUUCGAAGGCGAAAGAUUUAAACCCAGUUGAAGUAAAAGAAAGAAUAAAAGAAAGCAUAAGGAAGAUUGAGGAGAACGUUUAUGGUGACAAAGAGAUGAUACAUAGUAGUCAGCAGCCGCCUGAUAAGCCACCGUUGACUAGAGGACACACUGUUGACCAAAUCGUUAGAAUAUUGAAGGAAGACCAGCAGUCUCCACCUCCGAAGGCUCAUUUAAUAUCGCCGCCGAAUGGCACAAAUGUGAACCAACCUUUCUCAUACCUUAAACCCAGUGUAAGUCCUGAUCCUAAUCUAUUUGCGCGAAACACAAGUCCAGAUAGAGUGCCGUCUCCUGUAAAUAAAAUGGCGGAUAAAGGAGUCGUCUAUGCUCAUGUGGUGAGAGAUGCCGGUGACACUACAUCUAGUCAUCUUGGCAAACAGACCGUCCAUAAAACUUAUUCACCAUCCAGAGAAAAAUAUGGAAAUAUGUCUGAUGAAGAUGAAGGCUUAGGCUACGAAGAUAGACACAAAUAUUCAGCUAACAGGUAUAAUUAUAACUACAAAACUGAUGACAAUUAUAACAGUCUUGAAGGACCUAAGAUUACUGAUUCGCCUAUAAGGCCGAAGUUCAGAGAAUAUAAGCUAACUAGCUUCGAUGAUUUUGAGCCUACUUAUGCCAAUGAAUAUCCCUCGACGAAAGAUAAGAGUCAUGAUUACAUUGAUACUUUCAGAGGAAGAGCUGAUGGAAUGGAUACUAAGAAAAAACAAUUUGAGCCCGAAACCAAACUAGACUUAGAUUUCAAUGAACUCAGUCAUAGACGUCAGCUAUUAGAAUCUCGAUUGAACGCUCGUAAGUUUGACCGAGAAAGAAAUGUAGGAGAACCUGUAUCCAGGUACUUGGCCGAAACAGACCCAAUAUAUGAAGCAGAAAAGCGCAUGAAAGCUACGGAAAAAUACGUAAAUGAGACAGCACGAUACAUUCGCCAUACACUAGAAAGAGACGGUUUCGCUGAAAACAGCAUCACUGAAGAUUAUAACAGAUAUGAUUCAGACAGUCAAAAAAUCAAAUACAAUACUGAGAGCAGAACUUUCCAGAAGGUUCCCAAAGGAGAACUGGACAGACGUGAAUUCAUUGACACUUUAGAGCCAAGAUACAAAGACAGCAAAGUCUUCCCACCAGAACCAGAAUAUGAACCUCCAAGCCUUGAGUUUAAUACUGCCAAGCACGUGCUAACUCCAGACGAAUACAAAGAGAAGAAAUACAAAGUGAAGAAACACUUCACUUCUAGUCAAGAUGUUCUUCAAACGAAUAAAUAUAAAGGCAAAGACGAUUGGUUUGGUAAAAGAAAGGGUCAUUACGCUUCUAAUCCUGAAAUCGCUCAGGAACGUGAAGACGAUUAUGCCAAUAUACGAUAUGAUGCAAAGCACGCUGAGUCAUAUCAUAACUCUUUACGUCGUGUGAAGAACAAAGACAGAUACAAAGAAGACUACGGUAUAAGACGUCACGAUUCAGGAGACAGUAGAGAUUACUAUCGCGAUGAUAGGUCUCCACGUCGCUUUGAUAUUGACAAUCGUCUAGUCGACUCUGGUAUUGAGAAUGAUUUCCGCAAGGAUUCAAGUGGAGAAAUACAUAGAAAAAUCAGGAGGCAUGAAAGCGAUGAUGACGUACGUGAUACUUCCUUGUUUUUAGCAAGUGAAAGAAGGCAUACAGAAGAUAAUUAUCCAAGUGAGCAGAUAUACGCCAAUGGAGAGUAUAUGGCAAGAUUUAAGGACUUUAAUGAUGGGUACAUGAAGGAAUAUAACUCAAGGGAUAGAAGUGAUGAUAGGUCAAACUUAGACCCGAAGGGUGACAGAUAUGAUAAGAGUCCAAUUGAUGACAAAGUUAGUGCGAAACCGCCGAAGGCUACCAAGAAACUUUCUGGGCUUGAGAAGGUGAAACAGCUGUUCUCUCGCGACUCUUCUAAGAAGAGCAAGAAAGAGAAGGAAGUAGUUCCGAAGGCUCGCACGCGGGUGCUCAAGAGCCCUGAACAUCUUGUUGGAGACGACUCCGAUUACAGACGGUACACAGACCCCGAACCAAGCGACAUCGACGUGAAGAAGAAAGACUACGACCCUGAAGAACGAAGGCUCAGAUCUUCCAGAGAACAAGACAGACACAGAACUCCUAAAGAAGACGAUAAAUACAGGAGUUCCCGAGAGGACCUAGAUAGACACAGGCCUCAUGAUGAUAGAUAUCGCAAUGGUAGAGAAGACAGUAGACAUAGAAGUUCUAAGGAAGAUCUGAAUAGAUAUCGGAGUUCUAAGGAAGAUCUUAAUAGGUACAAGAGUUCUCGAGAAGAUUUGAGGUAUAGGAGUCCGGAUCCAAGAGAUAGUGAUGUGGAGAGGAAGUAUAGAGAAACGGAUUUCGAUAGCAGAUACCACGAAAGGACAUUCAAAGAGGAUCGUAUCCAGGAGCGGACAGCGGUGAGGAAGUACACGACUCCUCUUGGCUCCACGGACCGCGACAGUGAGCCGCGAGGGUCUGACGCUGAGAGUGAGCGGAGAAAGACCAGGUCCAGAACUGCUGGGCCUCGGCCCUUGGAUUCUCCAGCUAUGGCGGAGCGCUACCGCGAGCGGCGCCGCCUGGCUACCCCGAGCCCGACGCCUUCGCCCCCGCCGCGCGCCACCGUCGCCGGUAACUGGUUCAAGUCUCUCGACAGGCUCGCCAGGAAGAAGACCAGCAAGGAUGUUAAAAUGGAGAAAGAGAGCAUCUUAACAUCAGAAGCUGAACCAGUACGAAAGACCUGGUCGAAAACCUCAAAACCUUUGCACUCCCCCGCCAAGAACCUUCGCUUCUUCGGAGAUACCGACCAGGAUUCAGAUAUCAACGUCAAACAGACAGUCACGAAGACGAAGAGUCACCCAACACACAGCACCUUGAGGAAAACAGUUUCAAAUUCCAGCACAGGACUGGAUGAAGUCGACCACGACUUAACUGCCAAGAGCUACUCUUUGACCAACCUGAAGGAAUCUCCAAAAACUAAAUACUACAAAAGGAACCUGCAAAACAUUUCCGAAAUUAAUCGAGAAAUGAGCAACUCUGAGACGGAAAGUCAGCUGGACAGGAAAGCUUCGAAGCCGCCUAUCAGCCCGUAUGACAGGUCGCGGAGCCACAGCAGUUCUAAGACUUUAAAGGGGAGUAAGUCUGAUCUGAGGAGGAAGGAGCGAGGAAGCUCUUCCGAAUUGAGGAGCAGCAAACAGGAGCUCAGGGAUUUGAAACACCGGCGCCGCACGCCUGCCAACCACUCCGGGGAGAGCAGCACGGAGGGCGACUCCAGCCAUCAGUCGCAGCGCAGCGUGGUCUACCUCCACGCCACUACUGUUGGCGACAUCCCCGAUCCAGGCCAUCUCUCCCGCAACCGCUCUCGGGACGACGUCAGCUCAGUUAACUCCUCCAACCUUCAGGUCAAGAGUACAACGAAGAGCUUCUCAAUCUUCGCGCCGUGGACGCCGCGCCUCUACAACGAUCGACACGACGUCCAUUACGCCCAGCGACCAAGACGACCAACUAAAGAAAGAGACACAUUCAAAAAGUCCUCCUCGACCAAGAACUUGGCCGACGACCGGCCAGCAACUCUACAGAAAAAUAAAUCCUACAGCCAAACGACCUUGACCAGAAAACCACAGAAUAAUCGGUUGACAAGUAGCAGCACUACUUUGUAUAGGAAACCGGAGAAAAGGACGUCAAGUGUGCAAGGGACUACGCUCUCUAGAAAGAGUGGGAGCAGGGAAAAAAAGAGUCAAUCGAAUGAGGUCUUAAACCGAUCGGACAGCGAUAGGGAGAGGAUCUCAAGGUCAAUUUCGAUGCCUAAAGACAAUAAUAAAAAAGCCGGAUGGUUCAAAUUGUCCAACAAGAAGAAACAAGAGACAACCAGAGUCCGUUAACUUUGACUUUAAUUUCAUAAUUUUUCACUACUUCAUACUUUUUAAGUUCUUUAUUUUUUUCUAUUCUUAGGCUUUGACGAAUAGUCUAGUGAUCGUAAUGUGUUUAAAGAUAGUACCGUCGUUAGAAAAUACUGAUGAUUUGAAAAAUAAACCUGGGGCACUUGAAACAGUAUCAAAAAAAGUUCGAGUGUAAUUCAGGAACAAAGAUUCCUUGUUCAGGAACGCAUAAUGUGAAAAAAAGUAUAUAACAUCAAAGUUAUUAUUGCAAAUACCUACUUGCAUAAAUAUGAUCUCAUAAUCGGUAAAAGAAUGUUACCGAAUAAUAUUAUUAUAUUAUAAAUGGGUAACUUACCAUGUUUGAUACAAAUAAAUUAUUUGAUUUCAUAUUUGUUCUUCUUGAGGAAAAAAUCACCCAUUUUGUUCUUGAGGAGUAGGUAGGUAAUCAAAUUAUGCGUAAAACAUUAUUGAGAGAACAAAUCAUUGUGAUCACUAGACGACACAAGAUACAUUUUAAAUAACUUUUUAAAUGCCUGAAACGGUGCUAAAAUUUACCUUAUAAAAUACCUAGGGUGGUCUUACGGAUCAAUAAAAUAAUUUGUGGGAACUUGAAUAUCAAAAAAAUAUUAGAAGUCCCAUAAAUAUCUAAUACUUAUGCUGUACUUACCUAGUAAGUGCUUAGGCCACUUUGGCCUUAGCCAAGUAGGAAACUUUUCUAUUUCUACAAUCGCUAAGGAAUACAUGUAAUUAUAACCAAUGUGCAAUAUAGGUAAACUGUCUGAAUGAGGAUUAAUAAAACUAGAAGCUCAAAUGUAGGUGGCAGCACUGUUGACUGUUUCUAAAUAUUGACAGUUCUCCAUACUGUCCAGGUAAAAUUCUUGAUAAAUUGCUAUAAAAUGUUGGGCGACGUGGAGUGUAUCCCGUCUGAAGGAUGAGUUACGAAAAGAAAAGCAGUCAUUUAUUGGACUAAGGCAGUUUUGAUUGAAAAUAACCUUUUCUAAGAUUUUUUUCUUUCCGAUCUUUAGGGAAUAAAUAUGACACUAGUGCAAUUGAGUGCAAAGGGUUAUAGUGUAAAAAUAUAACCAAAGAAAUAUGUUUCUUUACUCAAAUAGUAUGGGAAUCUGUCAAAAUGUAGGAACACUCAACAGUAGCGACAGCUGACGAGAGAAAUAGGCUGUCUUUAUUCUCAUUUAGACACAUCACUUCAAAAAGGUUGCAUACUAGCGCGGUAUCUAGUUGAUUCGCUCUAGGUUUUAUAAAAUAACACCCGGCCACUCUAAAGUACCUUUUUUUCUUUGGCCUAAAGGUCUUUGUAACCAGGCCAAAAAAUCCAAAAAAAAAACAUUUUUACUCUGUGUCGCAUAUCGUGAAUGUGCGAGCGAGACACAGUCUGCGCGCUCUCCCGCUUACUCCUUAGCGGCUUAUGGCCAUUAAAGACUAAAGUAAGACCCAGGGUAUCCCAGGGUUAAGUCGGCGCCCGAUACGAAUUGGUGCGGGGCGGAGAAUUACCGUUCUAUACGUAGUACCUAAUAAUUAUUAUUUAAUUAUGAUAGAAGUUUUCGAUUGUAGAAUUAGAAAUGUUUGUCACUUGGUUAGAGGCUCGGAUAGGUACUAACUCUGAGUGCCAUUGAUCACUUAUAAUAUCGUUACCAAUUAACAAUACUUUUUAGUACAUAUUUUUAAUGUAAAUUAUGGCGGAUCAAUCUUUUAAUUUAAUUUGACAGUUACAACACUAGUAGGUACCUAUAUUCUUUUGAAGCGUGAAGGGUGGAAUUUAGAGAUAUCAAAUUAAAAGGUUUGCCCGCCAAAAUUUACAAUUAUUUUAGUUUAUUUUCCUUUGUAACUGAAAUGCUUUUUAACUAAUAAGUGUCAAAAAUGUGUAUUCUAUAAGAUACCUACGCUUUGUAAUUUCUUGAGAAUAGGAAAAUACCUACUAAAUGCAUUUUCGUAACAGUUAUUAAAUUAAUUAAUUAUGAAGUGAAUCCAUUGUUGGGUGCGUUUAAAUUGAUUGUAAUAAAGAGUGACUAUAAAUAAAUUUAUCUAAUUAAAAUAAA